AUGUUGUCACUUUCCUUUGACCCACAUAGGGUCAUCAGACAUUUUGAACCCUAUCUAUUUGUCAUGGUUAUGGGGACAGGUAUUUCAGCAGAUAUACUAUAUUCGUUCCCAUAUCCUGCUCAAUGGUUGAAGAUUUGCUCAUACAUCAUGUUUGCUAUUGCAUCAUUGCUGUUUAUUUUCCUGCAAAUAUUUUGUAUAAUACAUCUGAUUUGGUAUAUCAAGAAGAAAUCUUUCAAAGAAUACUAUGAUUUUUAUUUCAGAAAUAUGUCGCAUAAUGUCUUUUGGGGAACUUAUCCCAUGGGCAUAAUCACAUUGUUGAAUUAUCUACAUAACCUAGCUGAAAAUGAACUGAGCCAUACAGCUCAUUCCAGAAGAAUAAUGAUAUUUGUGUAUGCAAUUUGGUGGUAUGAUCUCUUUAUCUCUCUUCUCAUUGCAUGGGGUAUUACGUUCUUAAUAUGGCAAAGCUACUAUUCCAAAAAUGAUAAUGAUAAUACCGAAGAUCUACUACUAACGACGGCUUCCACGAAUUUGAAAAGUGUUUUAAUCUUAGCUGUUGUACCCCUAGUUGUGGCUGCCUCAAGUGCCGGCUUAUUUACCAUGAAAGAUUUAUUUGCAAGAACAUUCAAUAGAAAUAUCCAACUGCUGACACUCGUGAUCACAGCUCUUCUGUGGCUUCAUGCCCUCAUAUUUGUUUUCAUCCUAAUAACCAUCUAUUUCUGGAGUUUAUAUGUUAAUAAAUUACCUGCAAUGUCUCAGGUAUUUACAUUAUUCUUAGUCCUGGGACCAUUGGGACAAGGCAGUUUUGGUAUCCUUUUAUUAACAGAUAAUAUAAAGGUCUAUGUGGAAAAAUAUUAUCCACAACCAACGGGACAGAAUUUGCAACAAGCUAUUCUACUGACUGCUAUCCCCUGGUCCUUCAAAAUUAUAGGGCUAUCAUUGGCAUUGGCUUUACAAUCCAUGGGAUACUUUUUCACUAUCAUAUGUUUCGUAUCAAUAUGUUCAUAUUGUACGACAGAGAUUCAAGAUGAUGAUACAGGUAAAAAAAGUAGAAUAUAUUCCUUCCAUAAGGGUUUCUGGGCAGUAACUUUCCCCAUGGGGACCAUGUCUCUUGGUAGUACUGAAAUUCACGUUCAAUACGAGCAAUUUGUCCCACUUUCUGCAUUCAGAGUCAUUGGUACGAUUUACGCUGCCGUGUGUAUCUUAUGGACCAUAUUAUGUCUCCUAGGGACGACAUAUCUGUAUAUUUGGCCUCCAAUACAAAGAUAUCGCCAUCGUAAGCUUCUAAAGGGAGACUGCGACAUUGAUUCAGAGUCAAUAUUACCAACAACUAACAAGAACGAAUUACCUAGUACAACCAAUUCGACUUCAAUGCAAACCAGGUUUGAGUCUCAUUAA